CAAUUAUCAACCAAUAUGGAAUACAUAUCUUGUAUUUGUAUUUUACUUUGUUUGGCUACUUGUAUGUUUUAAAAUGCUUCAUUUGGGGGAAAGAAACAGGAAACUCUGCUAUGGCAUAGAAAACCUGAUUAUAUCAUCUAAAUAUGUUUUUCCUACACAUGAAAUAACACAUUUAACAUUCAUAUCAGCUAGUAGAUAUAUUCUGGAGAAAAUAAGACGUUUAAGAGAUAAAUGGCGUAUGGACAGGAAGUGACGUCGUAGGGUUCAGAGUUGAAUUUUUGCUGGAUUACAGCCACACAGGGUAUCCCAUGUGGUUAUUUGUAGGAUAUUAUUGUGACUGUUAUUCACAAUUUCAAUACGGCUACAUUUGAUAAUGCUUAACUUGGAAAGUAAAUAUGUAAAUAGAAAUAAGUAAUAAAUAAAUAAUAAGCAAUAAAUGAGUAAAUAUGUACAUAAAAAAUGAAUAAAUAAAAAAGAAAGUAAAUAUGUGACAUUUGCCUCAAUGUGCACAUUUUUUGGCAAAUAACAGGCCAUGUUCAACCACAAACGUAGCACAAUUAUGCCACAAUUAAACCACAAUAAGACUCUUUGGCGCCCCCGUGUGGACAGAGCCAGUAUGACUUCUGCGAAACCAAGCGGCCCACAAAAACGCCUCUGCGUUGAUUGUAUGACAACCACACAUCUCAUCGCAACCAACCUUUUCUACUCUCUGCCUGUCACAAACUAUGCAACACCGUGACUUCCUUCUUACGCCUUCUGAAGAGGAAAUAACAUCUUUCCAUGGCGCCGGAGGAGGGAGAGGAUGGUAUAUCCCCUGCACUGUACAGGAGAUACAGUAUAUAAAUGCAUCAGACGUGAUGAGCUUCUUGCUGCUUUCGUCCACCUUGAAGUGGCGCACAUCCACUUCACUGCCUGUGCGCAACCUGAGCGCGCAUGAGUGCGCCACCUGCUCCGUGCUCUUCCGAAGACUCCUGGUCAACAUCACCGGGCUUCUCAGGAGUGAUGUUUUGUUUUACGCGGUCACGUCGGAAACGGUGAAAAUGAGCGGUUCAGCUGACACCUUACGCGCAUGCGUGCCCGAGAUGCAACAGAAUUCAGGCUGCACAGUGCUGAGAAAUUCCUCCUUUGAUGAGGGUGAGUGUCUGAGGAACAUCAUGAGGGACGUGCUCCACUACGAUGCCGUCAUUCGCUCCUACCUCCAGUCUGCACUCAGAAACCCUGAAGAGGAAAGUGCACUUCUUCGCCCGACCCUGGAACUCAUCCAGGACCUAAAGAAGAACUGUUCUCUCAUGGCCAAUGAAGGAGGAGACUUGGAGGAGGAGGACACGUCCCCAGUAUGGGGGGACAACACCUUCACCAACAGACUGGAGAUGUACAAGAUGAUGAGAGGCUUCUACGUCCGAGCCAUCACCAUCAACAGAGCCGUGGGCUACAUCUCCUCAGGAGAGCACAGGAAGUAAACCAUCCCGCUCAGCGGCGCCGCCUUUUCUUAUAUACACAUAUCCACAAAGAACAAAAACGUCACAAAUUAAAAGCCAACUUGAGUUAAGAACAUUAAUUUCAUGUCGUUUGAUCUGAUGCUGACCAAAAGUGAGGAACACAUGUCUGUAACCGA